AUGCUGGACAGAGAGAACAGUGGGGGACGGACGACAAUGGUGCCUUCGUCGUCGAGCGGUCUCACGUUCAAGCUACAUCCUCUGGUGAUCGUCAACAUAUCGGAUCACUACACUAGGGUUAGGACACAGCUUAAUCCUCCGCCGUCGGUCUCCGCCGCUAGCGGCAAUGGCCACGGUGGUGACGCGGCGUUCCAGCAGAACCCUAGGGUUUACGGGUGCGUGAUCGGUGUCCAGAGGGGCCGCACGGUCGAGAUCUUCAAUAGCUUCGAGCUUCUAUAUGAUCCUUCUACUGACACCCUCGACCGAUCUUUCCUCGAGAAGAAGCAAGAGCUCUACAAGAAGGUCUUCCCUCACUUUUAUAUUUUGGGAUGGUACUCCACUGGAAGUGACGCUCAGGAAUCCGAUAUGCAUAUCCACAAAGCUCUGAUGGACAUUAACGAAUCUCCUGUUUAUGUCCUUCUAAACCCUUCGAUCAAUCACGCACAGAAGGAUCUCCCAGUGACUAUAUAUGAAAGCGAGUUGCAUGUCAUUGAUGGAAUUCCUCAGCUGAUUUUCGUCCGUGCAAGCUACACCAUUGAGACAGUGGAGGCCGAACGGAUAUCAGUUGAUCAUGUUGCACAUCUCAAACCAUCUGAUGGAGGCUCAGCAGCGACCCAAUUGGCUGCUCAUCUUACUGGCAUACAUAGUGCCAUCAAGAUGCUAAAUAGCAGAAUCAGAGUGCUCUAUCAAAAUCUCGUUGCUAUGCAGAAAGGUGAUAUUCCAUGUGAGAACUCGCUUCUAAGACAAGUAUCCAGCCUGCUCAGAAGGUUGCCUGCCAUUGAAUCAGAAAGGUUUCAAGAUGAUUUCUUGAUGGAAUACAAUGACAAAUUACUGAUAACUUACCUGUCAAUGUUCACAAACUGUUCAAGCACUAUGAACGAGCUUGUCGACAAAUUCAACGCAGCCUAUGAUAGACAUACCCGAAGAGGCGGGAGGACUGCGUUCAUCUGAAUUCGUUCUUUCCAUAUCCCAAACAUCUUUUUGAUGUUUCUGGAGCCUUUUGGUCGCUGAGAAUUUAGAACUCAGAGAUGUCUGAUAUGUUUUGGAGGGACUGAACAAACAGCCGAGAAAGCUUUCUUCUCUUUGUCGUAUUCUAUUGCGGUAAGUGCCACUACGUUUCUUACCAAAAAGUAACUAUUGGUAGUAGCAGAUAUGCAAUGUCUGCAACUUGGGACCUACAGAUUAUGGUAUUGUGUUUUUUGUGCUCAUUUUUCCCAAAUAAAAUGGUAAAGUUUUUUU